UUCCAUGUUCAAAACCACGAAAUGAUGCUGUCAGGAGUUCUGUAGCAAUGUCGUGAAAAUCCUGCAUAAGGCCGACGUCAUGGUAAUUUAGCCCAACUGCUGUUGGCGUUCGGACAGAGAAAGAGAGAUGACGAUGGAGACAGGGAAAGAACUCGCGUUUCGGGCAAAGGGAAAAGCAGGCGUCAUGAGCCGAAUCAGGCCAAUGAGGGGUUUACCAAAAAAUCUGACAUCCAAAAACAGAAAAGGGGAAAAAAAAAAGAAAAAAAAAAGAAGUUUUUGGGGGGGGGAAAGAAGAAGGGACGAGUAAAAACUAUCCCCAGCUUUUUCUGAUGAUGUCUUUUGGAGCACGACAGAAAAUGUUACGCCUUCAAUCUCCGAAUCUUUUGCACGCACCCAUUAAUCCAUCCGUGCAAAGCUUCUCGUACUUAGUCAUUUCUUAUGGAUUUUUAGGUGUUAUUGCUUGGUUAGAAUCUCGUAUAAAGCCGCCUCCUAUCCGACGACUCGCGUAGUCAAAUGUUAAAUAUUUGUCUACUUUGCAUUUCUUUCCCUCUAUUUUAAUUUAUUUGGGUUGCGGGUUUCAUGUUUUUGAUGUUCUAAUUUUGUUUCUGUUUUUGUUUCUUUUUAAUUUUAUCGGUUCGUCAAAAGGGUUUUAAUGAUCGUAUUCGUAUUUCCCCUUUUCUCUGUUUCGAUGUUAUGGCUUUGUUUGACCAGAGGUUGGAUGUGAGGGUGCUUAUUGGUCACUGCAGCAAUAGGCUCCCCCCCAAUUAAACAAGUGGGAAACAAAAUUUAAUUUUGUGGAUAUGUUGAUUUUUCUGUUGAUUUCGUGGAGGAUAGGCAUAGCAGAUAAAUAGAGAUUCUUAUCACUACUAGGUUUUUUAUUUUAUUUUUUUAAUAAUUUUGUUGGGGGUUGAUUUUUAAGGGCAUAGGGUUUCCUUUCUUACUUUACUCUUCUUUGAGGUGCGUUUUUGUGAUUCUUGGAGCCACGGUCCAAGUUUUCCUCGCAUUGGUUCUCGAUCUCUCCUGAUUCCCUCGUCUGGGUACUUCGAGUUUCUUUGUUUUCUCAUCAUUGUCGGUAAGUUUUUUUGUUUAAUCUUCUCCGGUGGUCAAUUUGUUCCCAUCCCGGUCUGGUUCUCGCCGAUUAUUCGACGUUUCUUCAUACGGGUCUGGGGAAUUUUCUCGAUUUAGGGUGUUUUUGAGGUUUACAUUCUACGGUAUUUCUGUUUCUGCUGUUUGAUUUUCGGAGUGAUUAGAGCUUGUCGAGUUUCUCGUGCUUUCCCACUGAGUUCAUCCUUGCCAGUUAGGGUUUAAUUUUUUUUUGAGGUUCUUAAAUUCCAUUGGCGAUAGAUUUGGUGUUCGGAGCGGUUCUGGGCCAUGAACUUGAGAUUUUCAUGGGGUUGACGGACGUUCAAUCGGAUUGUAGGCGGAGUCAAUGCUAUACUGUUGUUGCUGGUUUCAGGUUUUAAGUUUUCUGGGAAGGAUUUGAGCUUCAUAGGGAAGUCUGGAUCUCUUCCUACCCGGUGGGCGGUGUGCAUAAAUGAUGUUUCAUUCUCAGGGAGCAUCAAAACACAGUUGUAGCCUCCUUGCAGUCACAUGUGGGAAGACUUCACAAAAGCAGGAUGUCUCAGAAGAUCAACAAGGCUAUCCCUUUCCGGAUAUGGUUUCUUCAGGGCGGUUAGAGGUUCAAGUUUUGACUAAACCGAGCACGGCUGAGUUCCAUGAAACUCUUGAAUCAUUUCGGCCGGACUUUGUGUAUUUGCAAGGGGAACAGCUUCAAAAUGAUGAAGAAAUUGGAACUCUGGUGUGGGGGAAUGUGGACUUGUCUGAUCCUGAGACUAUAGCUGGUCUCUUUGAGAGCUUGUUGCCUUCUACUGUUUAUUUGGAGAUCCCUAAUGGAGAAAAGUUGGCAGAGGCACUUCACUUAAAGGGAAUCCCUUAUGUGAUAUAUUGGAAGAAUGCAUUUUCUUGUUAUGCUGCUUGCCAUUUUCGGCAUGCAUUGUUUUCAGUGUUACAGAGUUCAUCUAGCCACGUAUGGGAUGCAUUCCAGCUUGCUCAUGCAUCUUUUAGACUCUACUGUGUACGAAACAAUCUUGUUCUUCCACUCAACAGCCACAAAGUUACUGGUAAGUUUGGUCCACACCUUCUUGGGGAUGCUCCAUUGAUCAAUGUCACUCCACCUGAGACAGAUGCUGGGGAAGAUGAUGAAAGUUCUGGCACACUUCCUGCUAUAAAGAUAUAUGAUGAUGAUGUGACCAUCAGAUUUCUUGUUUGUGGGGUGUCUUGUGCAAUGGAUGCAUGCUUAUUAGGAUCUUUGGAGGAUGGUCUCAAUGCCCUCUUGAACAUUGAAAUUCGCGGAAGUAAACUUCAUAACCGGGUUAGUGCUCCUCCCCCGCCUCUUCAGGCAGGGACAUUUUCUCGUGGAGUUGUCACUAUGCGAUGUGAUUUAUCCACUUGUAGCUCUACCUACAUCUCGCUGCUUGUUUCUGGAAGUGCACAAACUUGCUUUGAUGAUCAGAUUUUGGAGAAUCAUGUCAAGAAUGAAAUUGUUGACAAAAGUCAACUAGUUCAGGCGCUCUCCAAUUGUGAUGAAGAUAAAUUGCCAUUAUCAGAGCCCCGGAAAUCAACUUCAGUAGCAUGUGGAUCAACGGUGUUUGAAGUUUCCAUGAAGGUCCCUGCAUGGGCUUCACAGGUUUUGAGGCAGCUAGCACCAGAUGUUUCCUAUCGUAGCUUCGUGGCACUUGGGAUUGCUAGUAUUCACGGACUGGCUGUUGCUUCUUUUGAGAAAGAUGAUGCUGACCGUCUUCUUUUCUUCUGUACGAGAGAAGGAAAAGAUGUGCCUCCAAACAAAUCUAGUCUUGGGAGUCUGCCUUGCUGGUUGAGGCCACCUGUUCCCAGCAGAAAGGGUUCUGAACUGUGCCAGGAUAAAAGUCUGGGCGCUCAUAAUAGUCUUGUGCAUGGUAACGAAGCUAUUGUCCCGAGAAUAGAGCGAGAGAAUAAGAGAAUUGGACUGAUGAAUGGAGUAGUUAUGGAUUUAGUGCCUGCUGAGAAAAAAUUUAAAGUAGCUGCAAUGAGGCCUGUCCCUCGUAAUCGUCACCAUAAAAUGUUGCCCUUUUCUGGGGUUUCUGAGGCAGAUGGAGUUAAUGGAGGCCAUGCGAAGGCUAAUUUGUCAGUUGUUUCAUCUACUAAGCAUACUGUUGCAGGAUUAGCUCCUGUUGCACGCCGGAAAACAUUUUCAAGCUCAGUUCAGGCUAAGCAAAUUGUUUCCUUGAAUCCUCUACCUCUGAAGAAGCAUGGUUGUGGCAGAAGCCCAAUACAGUAUUGCUCUGAGGAGGAGUUUCUUAAGGAUGUGAUGCAGUUUCUAAUUCUUCGGGGACAUACUCGUCUGAUUCCUCAAGGUGGACUAGCUGAGUUCCCAGAUGCCAUACUUAAUGCAAAGCGUCUUGACCUCUAUAACUUGUAUAGAGAGGUUGUUUCAAGAGGCGGCUUCCAUGUUGGAAAUGGCAUCAACUGGAAAGGGCAGGUUUUCUCAAAGAUGCGCAAUUAUACAGCAACCAAUAGAAUGACCGGUGUCGGGAAUACUCUGAAAAGACACUAUGAAACUUACCUUCUAGAAUAUGAAUUGGCACAUGACGAUGUGGAUGGUGAAUGCUGCUUGUUAUGUCAUAGUAGUGCAGCAGGAGAUUGGGUGAACUGUGGGAUAUGUGGCGAGUGGGCUCACUUCGGCUGUGACAGAAGGCAGGGUCUUGGGGCAUUCAAGGACUAUGCAAAAACAGAUGGGCUAGAGUAUAUUUGUCCACACUGCAGCAACACAAAUUUCAAGAAGAAACCACAGAAAACUGCGCAAGGGUUUUCUCAGGGCUUAGCAUUGUCAAGACCAUUAUGACUAUUUCCCAAGUUUUGUUUUAUUUUGCUCUAUUUUUUGGUAUAUUCCCUACCCCCCCUUCUUUUGGUGCAUUUGUGCUCCCUUUUAUGCAUGAGAGACUUUCCCACUUUCUUACGGGAAUGGGAUUUCAUGCAUAAUUAGUUUUUUCCCCAUUGUUUUCCAUCAAAGGUGGUUCGGGACAAUGAAGAGAGAGAGAGAGAGAGAGAGAGAGAGAGAGAGAGGUUUUAUGUUUUUUAAUGGGGGGAUGGGGUUGGGAAGAUGGGAUGUUGUAACUUGUGUUAUAGGAAAACAGAAGUGGCCAAAUAUAACCUGUAGUCUGCAGAUAUACUAUUGCCUACGUGAUGGGCAUCUUAGGAGCAUCCCAUAUUUUAGGAACGGCCAUUGUAAAAUAUUUUAUCUCAUUCAACGUUUAUAUAUCUAAUGGGUCUCUAUGUUGAUAGAUGACAGCUUCACAAGCCGAAA